GUUCACCAGGUCGCAGACAGCGGUUCUGUAAAGUUUGAAUGAUCUAAUUGAUAUUGAUUCAAAUUUUUGAUGAUAAUGAAGGGAUCUAAUAGUUUACUGGUUGAACAACGGUAGAAUAUCUGUGUUAUUGGAGGAGGAAUGGCUUGGGAACCGAUUCUGUGGUUAAUUUUUUCAUUCAUAAACGUCGGUCUACUGGGAUUGAACUUUUAUCAGUUCCUCGGCUUCUCUGAUUUGGAGGCUGACUACUUGAAUCCAUACGAAUUAUCAUCUCGUGUCAACUCUGUAAUCCUUGCUGAGUAUUUAUUACAAGGGGCAUUCAGUAUCCUGCUUCUUGUGACGGGGCAUUGGAUCAUGUUUCUAAUAUCUCUACCUCCUGCAUAUUAUAAUAUGAAGCGAUACUUGAGUCGGCAGCAUCUGAUUGACGUCACUGAAGUUUUUAGAGUGCUUAACUCUGAGAAGAAAGCUCGGAUUUUCAAGCUGGGUUUUUAUGUGGUUUUCUUUGGUCUGGUCAUUACAAGGAUGGCUUUGUCUGUUAUAUACGCAGUAUUCAGUGACGACGAAGAAGUUCCUGGUAAUGUUUUCGGUUUCAAUUGAAUUUUCUUGACACAUCCAUUCGGCACAUAGGUUUCUCAUUAUUUGAUAAGUAGAAGGGGACCUUAGUAAGUAUCCAACUAAGUUAACAUUUGCCAGUUCUUUCUGUUUCCUCUAGCUAAUUUUUGUUCAUGCCGUAUCCCGGGAUUCCGUAGAUUCAAAUAGAUUUUGUUUAUAUAUAUAUAUAAGGUUUCUUGAAUUCUCUGGUGUCAUCCGCAGCCAUUCUAGCUUGUCUUUGUUGUGUGGAUUGUAAAGUAAGUAGUUUGAUGCUUUCUGAGAGACAUUUUGUAAAAUUGAUUGUGAUUUGUUUCUAUUGGUUUCGGGGAAGAAUUUUAGAGU